AUGAGAAGGCUUCAUCUCAUCGGGCUUCGCGUCACGGCAGCCUACCUUCCGCCACCGACCCCGCAGGUCUCGAUCCGCGUAUCAGGCGAAAAUGGAGGCGAGAGCGAUUGCAGGAUGGGAUGGGAUGGGCAAAGAGACAGACGACAGAGACAGAAAAUGCCAGCGAGCAAAGGUGAGUGCCGAGGUAGGGUCUGGUAG